AUGGAGGAUGACUACGUGUCCGACUCCCAGAGCGAGGCCGGGGUGGCUUUGGGGGUGGAGGCGGUGGAUCGACACCGACUAGAGCGUCUCAUCGAUGCCAUUGCCGACCCGGAAUUGCGUCACACCCAGCGCACUCGCUUUCGUCAGCUACUCCCCUCGCCACCACCUGACCCUCGUCCCGAACCGGACCAUCCUCUGCCAUCACCACUAUAUGAAGCUGUCCCCCGCCGGCGCCAGCUCCGUAAACGGGCGUUUACUGCGAUAUACCCCUAUAUUGCCGACCAAAUCAGGUACCUUCGGUUGGCCAACAUCAAUGACGUCAACGCCCUCUACCAGGAAACUCAGGAUUACCACGCCGUGUUGAGAACUUUAGAUGGCAUGUACCAACGUCACAAACGUCGUUUCCCUCACGACGACAAGUACAAGCCCGAGAGCUUCCAAAAAAUCGUCGGAGACUAUCGUCGCAAAGCGGCGACGGCGACGGCGACGGCUGCGCCUUCUCAGCAACCUGAACUGCAGUCACAAUCAAUACCUGAUCUGGUGGCCGACAAUGUAUUCGAUUUCGAGGCCAGCGAGGCUAGUCAAGACAGCGACGUUCCUGAUGAUGUCGCCAGUGAUGAGAGCGAUACUCUUGCUGAAACCAUUAGAGUUGGAGGCCGGGUGUUGUCUCACCGCCUGGCUCUUCGAGGAGUGUUACCAGAGCUGGCCAAGCGACAAGCGAUCUGGAAGCCGCGGGCCCCGGCGAAACGACCACGCAUCGUCACUCCCAACCGCAAGGGCGUGGCACGCAUCAAACCGCUGCACCGUCGUCAUCAGUCCGACCGUGAUCAACUCCGUAAUGAGCUCAUCAACGAUGCCGAUGACGAGGAAGACGAGGGUGAUGCAUUGGUGCUGAUCACCCCAAGAGCGGAGUCUGAAGCUGACAUUCUUGCUCGUGAGGCUCAAAGAUUCGAACAAUAUGCGUAUGUCUUUGAUGAUGUUGAUCCUAAUGAACCUGAACCUGCGUAUAAUCAGAUGGACCUCGUUGAUGUUGGGAGGGCUACCCUCACUCCUCCAUCACCACCUUCCGACGAGACCCCGCCGUCUCCAAUCAGCGUCUAUUCAGAUGAUAGCGACAUCCUCGAGUAUGAUCGAGUAGUUUUGGAUGUGCCAUCACGACCAAGUCCACUUCCAAAACUGCCAGCAGCUGCAGCGACAGUCAAACGCAAACCACAAGCUCCGCGUAGGCCUCAGCACCCAAAGCAGCCUCGAAUCAAACCUCGUCCGCGGGCCCCGGCACGAGUACAAGCGCGACUUGUGCUUGAAAGAAAUGGUCAUGGUUUGUUGUAUCAUCAAAAACCUCGCGGAUUUGGUGGUCCACAAUCAAUCGAGCCACUGAAUACGACAAGACCCCUAAAAGUGGCCAAAGCAUCGACACGUUCAGCCAAGUCUUUGCCAGGUACAGCCAGAUCAUUGACCGCCACAACUAAACCCUCGACAGCAGCGAGAGUUAAGUCAAAAGCACAGCAUCAAUCGCGGUUACCAUCUCCAUAUGUUGCUCCUCAAUUCACAUUACAAAUUGAGGCCGAAGCACCGAAUGAAUAUAUCCAACGCCAUCGCUUUCGCUCAAUUAUCCCGAUACCUUAUGACACCACGCCGUCAACGUCUGAAUUUGACGUUGAGAAGAUGGCCAAAGGAACUUUCUUCAUGGAUAUCAAUCAAUCCCUCUCACUCCAGAUUGGUUCGAAACAGUUUACGCUUUCUCCAAUACAACCCCAAUCGAACAAAGUGUAUCACCAGGCAUUAAACACUUUGGCCGAUCAACUUAAUUCCAGUCUCGAUCUUACCGGCGUGUUCGUCAACCUAACGAAAUGGCAGGUGUUUCUGCGACCCCAAAUUGGCGGUGAAAUGCUUCAGCAACUUGUGGCUCGUUGCCAAGCGUCACAAUGGUUACCGUACAUUAUGCUUUUAGCGUUGGCUGCUGAGCAAAUCCCAAUCCUUGAACAGGCGGCUCUGCAGUAUUGGCAAGCAUUGUGGCAUGAGGAAAGUGUCCCCACCACUUUGGCCAGUGAGAUUUUGAAGGCUACGAGAUUGUGGUCAUCGCUGUUGACACUGGCAUUGACAUCUGCGCCUUCGGAGUUGCUUGAGUACGCCGUUAGUAUGGUCGCACAUGCCAUAGAUGUUAGCCCCAUCCCUAGUGAUUGGUCAGUGAUUUACGUUCUCAUUCGUCGUCUUAAUGACUGUGAAGAAUCGAGUCUCCCCAAUCGUGCACUUGAUCUUAUACUUCAUGUAUAUCAUAGUCACCAGUGGGUCUUAGAGGAAAGGAUCGUAAUCGAGUUGUAUGGUGUUGUCAGUCGGCGAAAGUUCGCCAACUACCCAGAUGAAUGUCACGACCCCGAAAUAAUGUCCGUGAUCAAACUGAGAGAAGAUUUCGGCUCUUCCUUCUUCGAACGCUUUUUGAUGAUAUUGUAUAUCUAUGUUGGAGAUCUCCCAGUUGAAGAUCAUCAGACUUACAAAAAUCGUCUCAACGCCAAGUUGUAUAUUCUGCUGCUGCUUCAAUACCAUGAGCUGCGUGACCAAUUCAUCAUUUACGUUAAUCGACUCAACUUCACGUUGUUACUCCAUCAAGUUCUUGGGCUGCUGCUCCGUACUCAAUUUGACCAACUAGUGAAAGGUGUUGUGUUACACGCGCUGUCUGUGGAGUAUACCACCCUUCAAACAUCAGUGCAGGCGGUUCAGAUUUAUUGUGAAACCACUCAGAGCACCGAGCAAAUACCAAUGGGAGCAAUUGCUGCAUUACUUGCCAGGUUUGCACUGGAGUUUUUGCGGAUUCCGCAUAUCAUGCGCAUAUGGCGUUUAUUUUUGAAAAUUUUACUUUCACUUCGAAGUCAUUCACAGUUCCCAGAGGUUCUUUCAAAUGCGUUACUGUCGUCAUUGCCAUUAGCAUUGAUCAAAGAUAUUCUUCCAUUAUCGCGUAACAUACCUCCGAACCAAGAGCUUUGUGAAAAGAUUGAGUUAGUGUUGAAUCGAGCCAUGAAUGACAAUGAAAGGCCCGAAUUUAUUCUGCUUUUGGUUGAGCUUUGGGUUCGCUCUGGUCGCGAUAACCUCACCCGAAUUGUGUUUGGCCAAUUGCCUUAUCUUGGUGAUAAACGGCUGCAACAAUUUUACUCACCGUUAAUCCUAGCUUGGGUAUUACGAUUCGCGCAACCAAAUAUCAAAUCUACAUUUGAGGAUGCCUGCUAUGAUCGAAUAUGGCAGCUGGUUAUUCUGUCGCUGGCGCCAUCGCCAUAUUUGGGCCAAUUAUUGAGUGGUCUUUCCCUUCCAACGACGUUAGGGUCGAACACUGAUAUGAUAGUGCGACUUCUAGACUACUUCCGCAAACGAAAUAACACGAGCUUCAUCAGAGGAUACUUGGACCAGGUGAAGGCUUUAUGGAAUGCUCAAGGCCGGGAACCCAAUGUUAAAAAGUUAUACCAAUUCUGUGUGGUCGAACUCAAGCGCCGCUUUGCCCAGGAGGUAAAGGAGAACCGACAAUUUGCCAGUAUCGUUACCGAAACACAGAUUGAUCGAACCGAGCUUGACGUUAUUGACUGGCUUCGGCAGCCGUUACAUCAAAAGCUUCAGCAAUUUUAUCACAGUGUUGCCACUGUAGUUGAGCUGAAGAAAAAUGUGGAAAUGGAGAUACGCAAGUACUUACGCCUUGAUGCCGAAGUUAUCAUGUAUGCGAUGGUCAAUUACUUCAAGUCUUGGAAUCAAGCGGUACCCUGGCUUCUUCAAGUGAUCCUUCGCGAAUGGCUCAAGUUCCUUCCUGAUGUUCGGUUAACAUCAAAACUACUCGCCUUUUACCGAGAAAUGCUUCAAUGGAUCAUCCGAUAUCCUCAAUUGGAGAAUGAUGUGGUUAACGCCCUCCAUCAACUCUUAAUCAAGGUCAGUGGGUACGUCGACGUUGGGCCUCGCGACGUGGCAUGGGAAUACAUUAAGGGCAAACAAGUUGACUCACAAGAAUGCUUGAUGGUGUCAGCGUUACAGCCCCAAAUACCGAAUACUGAUGUUACCAGUGAGCCCUUACUCCUGCCUUCAUUGGUUUUGAACAGGCACCGAUUGCUUAAUCGAUUAGAGGAAAUUGAGAAUCGAGAGGCGAAGCCUGAUGUCGGAUUACUCGAGUAUGAGUUUGUAUUUUAA